CACAGCGAUGAUGACAUGAAACUUCGGAGAGCCAACCUAACCGUCCAAAACCUGGCUCAGCUGCUUAGGAACGAAGGCGGUGGCUUCAUAGGUGACAUAGUCUCGGCUGUGCCCCCUCAGCACCUCCACGGGUACGAGCUCCACAACAUCGAGAACUCGGCUUGGGUAAGGGAAGACAGUAGCGUCUUUAGGUAUAGCACCCCACGGAGUAAUGUGCCAAAGAUUUGGUCCGAAUUGCUCAGAAACAAAUACAAUGUAUUUUUGCAGUGGCGUAGCUAGGGUUGGUGUCACCCGGUGCGGUAAACUCAUGGUGCCACCCCCCCCCCCAAACUUCUAUGAUCGAUUUUUUCUUUGUUAAAAUAAGUCCACAGUAUAGCAUCAACUUUGAACUUUUAAUAAGGCACGCAUUUGGAUUGGUUACAUUUGUGAAAAAUAUAUGUGUGAUCGGUUAUUCUUUUAUGAAUCUCGAUUUUUGCGAGCAAUGUGUGCCCUGUAAAUAUGCAAUUUUUCAAUCGGGUGUCACCCCUAAAAUGGUGUCACCCGGUGCGGUCCGCACCCCCCGCACCUGCCUCGCUACGCCACUGUAUUUUUGUUUGGUUUAUGAUUUACUAUUAUUUUGGUUACGGUAUUUUCGAAUCUCUACUGGAGAGACUGCUCUUGACCCGUCACUUUACUCUCAUGUCGUUGUUUGUGUUUGCUUUACACUGAUUAAGUUUAUUUACAUACUAAAAGUCUCAUAUUUGUAUCUUCUGGCAAACAGAUGAACCACGACAAAGCUGAACUCAUCACAAACUUAGAGUCGCUCCUUGUCAACCACAACCAGCAUCAGAACCAACUGCGACACAACAUUCAGCAGUAUCUCUCCUACGGCCGCAUCAGCACAAUCUUGGCGCUGGGCGUCUCGUUGCUAGAAGCUCUCAACAACAGCUUUACGGUAAACAUCUGCCCCUCCAACGUGACAUCACCGGCUGGGAACAUCUCCUCUCAGCCGAUAGUUUUUAAUACAUGUUUUGUACUGGUCUCUGAGAUUUCUAAAAUGAACUCAAUCAACUUUCAACUUGAAGAAGCUUUGAUUUCUUCGGAUGUUAACACGCCCGCCGAGCAGGUCACUGGCGGAGGCAUCCGGUACAGUACAGAGGGUGUAUCUGACUACAUGGCAAUUAAUAUUACUAGCGACAAUUCUAUUAUUUCAGAUGACGUCAUAGAUGAUUUGUUGAAUAAAGUUAAGGUCGUUCAAGGGACAUCAGAAAAUAUAAUACAUCUUCAUCAAUGUCUUCUGAAUGCAACAUUGAGUUUUUUGCAGGCGUUGUCAUCAUUCGAACACGAUUUUUUCAAAAUGCUGGAACUACUUAAAGAACACAACCAAACCACGCAAUCCGAGGCCUACGCAUCAUACGAGAAAUUGAGAACUGGGGUAGACAUACAUGAUGAUGUCGCGACAACGGGCAGCAUCGGUGUUAACGGUUAUGACAUGUCAACACAAAAUUGGAACACUCAAAGUUCCAUUAAUAGAUCAGUAUGGAAUUACACAGGUGUUCUUCCAGUUCAACUCAUAAAUGCAAACAUUUCCGACAUCAUGGAACUAUUUGAUGUUCUGGCGUCAAAUCUCACUCAGUUCGAANAAAAAAAUUUUCGGACAAAAGGUGGGGGAAUUUAGGGGGGGGGGGGGGGAGUGGCUGAAACAGGGCAUAAAACGAAUAGUAUUAUACAAAAUACAAGAACGCACUUUCAGAAAUUAAUGGACCUCUACCCCCCCUCCCCCCCCCCCAAACCACCCCUAUGAAUUAUUUUAAUGGGUGGGAGAUAAUGGAAAUUGUAUGAUUGUUUAAUGUUUAAAUUAAAGUAGGUCUACACAUUACCAACAAUUUUACAAUCUCAUUAGUUUUUAUUCUAAUUUGUACUUUCUUUCUGUUUGACAUAUACCCUGACUUCUUCCCUUCCUAUACUUUUUUUUUUCUACAUCACCGCUAAUUUAAUUCUAAAUAUUGGUAAUUUCAAACACAAUCAUUAAUUUUAGAGAUACCAUGACAUGAAAUCAUUAGUUGCCGUGUAGUUUAAUCAUUCAUAAAUUUGGAGCUACAUUUCUCAAGAAGAAUCACGCUGAUGAAGUCCUAUGUCCUAUACAUUGAAAAUCAAAAUUACACCCAUAUGUUUGAGUUUGAUUUUCUCAAUCAAAUCAUUUGAAACUCAGCUUUUAGAAUCUUUCCAAGAGGAGAAAACUUUCAAUGUCCCAGGGGUGAAGUGUUGAUAUUUUUUAGCUCGUAGUUUUAAUUCUUUUUAAAAUUUUCAUAAGAUAAUAAUUGCCAGUUGUAUAAAGAAGUAAUAUCGUUUCAAAAAAGGUUUCACCAUCUCCGGCGAACAAUGCCAGAAGCAGGGAGCGCUCAUCAACCAGACCAACUUCAUCAGCUUGUGCUCUACCUGCGUCCACACCACCGUCUUGGAUAACUGCUACUUCCCACGUUUUCUCACCGAGAAGGUGUGUGGUCGCGGGAGCAGCAGUAAUCCCUUGUACCAGAACAGUUGCCUGUGCAUGCCCGGACAAAGUAGGUGCCUUUAUAAAUGGUGUUCUGUGUGUGCUGCUUUUUUUUUUUUUUAAAUCAUUUGAAUGGGUGGCAGUGGCGGUGGAAGGGGGAUUCCACCCCCCCCCCCAGAGGGCAAUUUGUAAAAUUUUUAUGGGGGGGGGGGAAUUUUUGGAAGGUAUCGGCAAGGAUCUUGGCCCCCCCCGGGGGGGGGUCAACCUAAGUACGCCACAGAACUUUUAAUAAAGCACGCAUUUGGAUUGGUUACAUUUGUGAAAAAUAUAUGUGUGAUCGGUUAUUCUUUUAUGAAUCUCGAUUUUUGCGAGCAAUGUGUGCCCUGUAAAUAUGCAAUUUUUCAAUCGGGUGUCACCCCUAAAAUGGUGUCACCCGGUGCGGUCCGCACCCCCCGCACCUGCCUCGCUACGCCACUGUAUUUUUGUUUGGUUUAUGAUUUACUAUUAUUUUGGUUACGGUAUUUUCGAAUCUCUACUGGAGAGACUGCUCUUGACCCGUCACUUUACUCUCAUGUCGUUGUUUGUGUUUGCUUUACACUGAUUAAGUUUAUUUACAUACUAAAAGUCUCAUAUUUGUAUCUUCUGGCAAACAGAUGAACCACGACAAAGCUGAACUCAUCACAAACUUAGAGUCGCUCCUUGUCAACCACAACCAGCAUCAGAACCAACUGCGACACAACAUUCAGCAGUAUCUCUCCUACGGCCGCAUCAGCACAAUCUUGGCGCUGGGCGUCUCGUUGCUAGAAGCUCUCAACAACAGCUUUACGGUAAACAUCUGCCCCUCCAACGUGACAUCACCGGCUGGGAACAUCUCCUCUCAGCCGAUAGUUUUUAAUACAUGUUUUGUACUGGUCUCUGAGAUUUCUAAAAUGAACUCAAUCAACUUUCAACUUGAAGAAGCUUUGAUUUCUUCGGAUGUUAACACGCCCGCCGAGCAGGUCACUGGCGGAGGCAUCCGGUACAGUACAGAGGGUGUAUCUGACUACAUGGCAAUUAAUAUUACUAGCGACAAUUCUAUUAUUUCAGAUGACGUCAUAGAUGAUUUGUUGAAUAAAGUUAAGGUCGUUCAAGGGACAUCAGAAAAUAUAAUACAUCUUCAUCAAUGUCUUCUGAAUGCAACAUUGAGUUUUUUGCAGGCGUUGUCAUCAUUCGAACACGAUUUUUUCAAAAUGCUGGAACUACUUAAAGAACACAACCAAACCACGCAAUCCGAGGCCUACGCAUCAUACGAGAAAUUGAGAACUGGGGUAGACAUACAUGAUGAUGUCGCGACAACGGGCAGCAUCGGUGUUAACGGUUAUGACAUGUCAACACAAAAUUGGAACACUCAAAGUUCCAUUAAUAGAUCAGUAUGGAAUUACACAGGUGUUCUUCCAGUUCAACUCAUAAAUGCAAACAUUUCCGACAUCAUGGAACUAUUUGAUGUUCUGGCGUCAAAUCUCACUCAGUUCGAAGACAUGCUCAUUUUGGCUAACGUUACUAGACCAAUACAUGAUCCUAUGUUAGACACUUGGACAGAUUGGCAUAAUCUGAGACGGAGAACUAAACGUAAUGCUUCAGGUAAAAAGAAAUUAGAAAAAGUAAUUAUUAAUACAAAAAAAUUUUCGUCAAAAAUGUUGGGGAAUUUAGGCGGGGGGGGGGGAGUGGCUGAAACAGGGCAUAAAACGAAUAGUAUUAUACAAAAUACAAGAACGCACUUUCAGAAAUUAAUGGACCUCUACCCCCCCCCCCCCCCCCCCAAACCCCCCCUAUGAAUUAUUUUAAUGGGUGGGAGAUAAUGGAAAUUGUAUGAUUGUUUAAUGUUUAAAUUAAAGUAGGUCUACACAUUACCAACAAUUUUACAAUCUCAUUAGUUUUUAUUCUAAUUUGUACUUUCUUUCUGUUUGACAUAUACCCUGACUUCUUCCCUUCCUAUACUUUUUUUUUUCUACAUCACCGCUAAUUUAAUUCUAAAUAUUGGUAAUUUCAAACACAAUCAUUAAUUUUAGAGAUACCAUGACAUGAAAUCAUUAGUUGCCGUGUAGUUUAAUCAUUCAUAAAUUUGGAGCUACAUUUCUCAAGAAGAAUCACGCUGAUGAAGUCCUAUGUCCUAUACAUUGAAAAUCAAAAUUACACCCAUAUGUUUGAGUUUGAUUUUCUCAAUCAAAUCAUUUGAAACUCAGCUUUUAGAAUCUUUCCAAGAGGAGAAAACUUUCAAUGUCCCAGGGGUGAAGUGUUGAUAUUUUUUAGCUCGUAGUUUUAAUUCUUUUUAAAAUUUUCAUAAGAUAAUAAUUGCCAGUUGUAUAAAGAAGUAAUAUCGUUUCAAAAAAGGUUUCACCAUCUCCGGCGAACAAUGCCAGAAGCAGGGAGCGCUCAUCAACCAGACCAACUUCAUCAGCUUGUGCUCUACCUGCGUCCACACCACCGUCUUGGAUAACUGCUACUUCCCACGUUUUCUCACCGAGAAGGUGUGUGGUCGCGGGAGCAGCAGUAAUCCCUUGUACCAGAACAGUUGCCUGUGCAUGCCCGGACAAAGUAGGUGCCUUUAUAAAUGGUGUUCUGUGUGUGCUGCUUUUUUUUUUUUUUAAAUCAUUUGAAUGGGGGGCAGUGGGGGUGGAAGGGGGAUUCCCCCCCCCCCCCCCAGAUGGCAAUUUGUAAAAUUUAUAUGGAGGGGGCGGAAUUUUUGGAAGGUAUCGGCAACGAUCUUGGCCCGCCCCGGGAGGUGGUCAACCUAAGUACGCCACUAAUGUUUGUGUUAGAUUAUCGUCUUCAUCAUCCUAAAUAUGGCUAAGCGGUAAAUUUGGAGAGAUAGCACCGUGGCCGCCAUCUUGGUUGCCGCGACCCACGAACUUAUGUCCUUAAAUGUAUCCCUGAACCUAGCCUGAACCCUAAACGUAUCCCUAAUCUGGGUUUUGACCCUAUCGGGACCAGGGUUUUGACCCUAUCGGAACCAGGGACAAAACACGCAAAUGACGUCAAGGUGCUAUCUCCAAUAGCAUACCAAAUAUUCAGUUCUUCCAAUAACAUUUAUUUGAAAGGCUUUCACUUCAUUUCUCUGCAAUCCUAGAACUUACUAAUGUUGGUCUCAAGUCUAAUCCUGUUGACAUUCCAUAAAUAAUUCAAUGUCGUGAAAUAAAAUGCUACCUUCUUUUCAAAGUAGUUGUUAGUACAGACAUUAUAAUAGGCAGAAGUGAAUUGUUUAUCUUUGAUUUCGUUCACACAGUUGUUGGUGGUCCUGCCGGGCAGUGUCAGCAACAACGGUUUCAUAUCGUGGUGCUGAAAAAAACUCCAGGAAGGUGCAUGAAAAUCAAAAGUCAAGGCCAAGAGAUUAUAACGGACCAAUGGGAAAGCACAACAUAUCCACUGCGCAUUGGAUGCGAAUGCGUUAUUCACCAGAAUUCAAUGUUUGCCAAAUAUGCUUUGUUUCCGUAAUAACACAGCUUUUCACUUAGAACACUAACAUGACAAACUGAAUAUAAUUUUGAAAUAUUGCCAUAUAUAUUUAAAAAAAACAACUAAAUUAAGCACUACAUCUUAACUGAAGAGUAGGCCUAUAUGUGUUUUCCGAUGGUCUUAGACGACUCCUGUGAAAAGGCCGCUCGACCCUCAAAGGCAGGCCUGCACAACAUACGACCCGUAUGUGGCCCGCCAGCACCCACUUUGCGGCCUGCCAAGUAACAGUAACGAAAUAUUUUUUUAUUCGUAUUAUUUUCUUAAUAGCUUUUCCCCACUGUCCUAUUUUCUUUUCGCCCGCACACGUUUUUCAUAAAGUAUUACGGCCCGCCCUACAUUUUGAGUUGUGCAGGCCUGCUCAAAGGUGUCUUGACCCACAGGUUAAGAACCGCUGAAUUAAUUUAUGAUUUAUUAGCGGUACCUUUUCGAGUUCCACU